AUGCCCACCAAACCCUCGCAACCCCCCGGCCCCAUCCUCCCCCGCUCAAACUCCAUCGUCAGAACCGCCGCCUCGCGCGGCGCCCAAGCCGCCCCAAAACCCAUCCGCAUCUUACUCUGCAACCCCAACUCCACGGCCGCCAUGACACGGGCAUGCGUGGACAUGGUGCUCCCGACGCUGUCCUCCAACGUGGUACUCGUCGGCUGCACGGCACUCCCCCCCGCGCCGUCCGCCAUCGAGGGCAAAUUCGACGACGUCAUGUCCGCGGCGGUCGCGGUGCAAGGCAUCCUGCAGCACGCGGGGCAGUUCGACGCGUUCCUGGUGGCGAGCUACAGCGACCACGCGCUGAUCGCGAUGCUGCGCGAGGAGCUGACGCAGCCCGUGGUCGGUAUCUUCGAGGCGUCGCUGUUCGCGGCGCAGACGCUGGGCAGCCGCUUCGGGGUGCUGUGCAGCGGCGCGCGUGCGCGGUACACGCUCGAGGACAGUGUGAGGAGCUCCGGGUUCGCGGGGUUUUGUGUCGGCGUGAGGAGCUGUGAGAUAGGGGUGCUGGGGCUGCAGGAGCGGCCGCGCGACGAGGUGAUGCGGGUUGUGGGGCAGGUGGGCAAGGAGCUUGUGGCGGACGGGGCGGACGUGGUGCUCCUGGGGUUUGCGGGGAUGGCGGAUUUGAAGGCGGCGGUUGAGGAGGCGGUCGGGGAGGAUGUGCAGGUUAUCGACGGGGUUGUGGCGGGCGUGCACCACCUUAUUGGGCUGUGCAGGAUGGGGUCGAAGACGGCGAAGAGGGGGGCGUACGCGAGCUCUGGUGAGACGAGAGAGAGGAGAGGCCAGGACUGGUUGUGA